UAGAGUAGUUCGUCACGUAACUUUGCGAAAAAAAGACUGUAAUUCUCUGUCGCAGUGCGUCGUUGAUGAAAUAGUUGAAAAAUGCCCCAGAGUUUCUAUGAACCUGAACAGUUGGCCGAUACCAGACCUUGUAGUGCAUUGCGUGACGACCUUAAAUUUUGUAUUCAAAAUACAGACUGUUAUAAGAAGGAAAAGAAAACACCGCGGGAAUGUCUACUUUCCAAUCACCCAUCAGUUCCAUUGGAGUGUCAUCAACUACGCAAAUCAUUCUUUGAAUGCAAGCGUUCAAUUCUUGAUAAUAGGCAAAGGUUUCGAGGCCGAAAAGAUUAUUCUACCACAACACCAAAAUCUUAAUUUUAAAAUGUCAAUAGGUGCUGUGCCAUUUGAAAACUUUUGGAAGAUUGCCGAUCGUUGCUGGUGUAAUCAGCUUUGAAUAAAUACCACAGUUGUUUGUAGAAACACAUUCAAAAGAU